AUGAUUGAUGAAAUUGAUGCAUUGUGUCCAAAGAGAAACAAUCUACCCCAACACAAACUUGAUCUUGUGAAUACCUUUUUGAGUUGCUUAGAUGGGCCAUUCUCUCAUCCCUCUACUUUCGUUAUAGGCACGACAAAUAAGAUAUCAGAUAUCGAUGAAGCUAUUCGUCGCCCUGGUCGUAUAGAUCGUGAAAUAGAAAUCCCCGUCCCCGAUACAACAACGCGAAAAGAAAUUUUACGAUCAAUUUUUAAUAAUAAUAAUGUUUCUGAAGCUUGGAUGACUGAUGAUAAAAAAUUAGAUCAAAUUGUAACCAGCUGUAGUGGCUUUGUAGCAACAGAUUUGCUGCUUUUAGUUCGCAAAGGGAUUGAUUACUCGAUUGAAAAUUCUUGUGCAUUUUCACAUGAAAUUUUAUUGAAUUUAGCCCAUAAAAUUUAUCCAUCAGCCUUGAAAGAACUCAUUAUUGAAAUUCCUAACGUUAAUUGGAGCUCAAUAAUCGGUUACGACGAAAUAAAACAAAAAUUAAAAGAAGCAGUUGAAUGGCCAAUCUUAUAUAAAUCCCUGUUUGCAAAAUACUCACUAAAGCCCAGUUCUGGAAUACUGCUAUAUGGGCCUCCGGGUAACAGCAAAACGACAAUGGCCAAAUGUAUUGCUACUGAGAGUUCUAUGAAUUUUAUAAGCAUUAAAGGUCCAGAAAUAUUCUCAAUGUGGGUUGGUGAAUCUGAGAGGAAAUUACGAGAAAUAUUUAGCAAGGCUAGAAAAUUUUCACCGAGUAUAAUUUUUAUUGAUGAGAUCGACUCAAUUGGAAAGUCUAGAGGGUUUUCCGAUUCGUCUAGUUCGAGCAUGGUGGAGUCUCGGAUUUUAAGUCAACUCCUAAAUGAAAUGGAUGGCUUAUCUGAAAACGAUUGUCUGAUUGUUAUUGGAGCGACGAACAAACCUACUGAUUUAGAUUCAGCUUUACUUCGCCCAGGCCGAUUUGACAAUUUAAUUUAUGUACCACUGCCAGACGAUGAAACAAGAAAAAAAAUUUUCAUACAUAACAAUAUGAGUCCAACUGACGUGCUAAUUAAAAAAACCAAAGGAUACAGUGGGGCUGAACUGUUUUUAUGCUUUAAGGAACUAAGAAUGGAAGAGUUAAGACAAGAAUUAAAAGGACAAUCUCAAAAUGUCGAAGAUAGCAAAACUAAAUUUAUAAGAAUUUUAAAUAAAAUCAAACCCAGAACUUCAGACGAAGUGAUAUCAUAUUUUGACAAAUUUGUAGACCAAUUUGGUUUAAAUUACUAG